AGACUCCGCCAAGACGGAGGAAUUGCUUCUUUACAGAAAUUCGGGCCCAGUCUCCACCAGCCCGAGUGGAUGGACUACUUUAGACUACCGAGACUAAGUGCGCCGGCGCGGACAUCAUGAAACGCCGUAAAUCCCCCGAAUCGCUCCAAGGUCCACCUAUGGCCUUCGAUGAUUCAGCAGACCGGUGGAGCGUCGUAUUCACUGUCCAUCAACAGGGGCCAGCGUACUCGUCGUGAUGGAUAACCAUGUGGCUACUGCUUCUCCUCCCCUUCCCAUCUUGGUUAUCAUCGAUGUCUAUCAUUUCACCCAUGGUCCGGUGUGAUGGAUCCCCUCAUUCCAUCUCCUCGGCCAGUACCGACUUUAGCGCGGUGGUCUGGCUGAGAGGAAUCAACGGUCCUGCUCGAGAGCCCUUGGCUGCUAAUCAAAGAUGCACUUGGCCGUUUCACACCCAUCACCCCGUCCAAUUUUACCGGCAUGGGCCUGAGCCAGAAGGGAAGCUCUAUCAGAAUCUUAGGAUGCCGCCAUCGACCUGUCGAGUCAGGUCUCUCCCUAUAUAAACCCCCAAGCCCAUCCGAAAUCAAUCCUUCUCUCUA